AGUUUGUAGCUGUAAGCUUAAUGUUUAUAAACUUAAUCUUAUGAAAGAUUAAUACUUCAAGAAUCAUUUGAACCUAAAUAUAAUAUUAAAAACAAUAUGGAUUCUGAUGAAGAGAUUGAUUUUCAACCAUCAUGGAGAGGUGUGCCUGGUACAAUUAUUUUAAUUAACGCAUUUGAAAAUUCAAAGCACAAUAUAUUUGCAACCGUACAUGUUGCAACAUGUCGUCUAAUAAGACAACAUUUACGUUCUUCGAGUAGUCAAAACAUUAGCGUUUGCAUAUUCGGUACUGAAGAGACUACUGCAUCAGCUUUUGACUCUAAACCAGUUGUUGAGAUAAUUCCCUUAACUUCGCCUAGCCUCGACGAUUAUAACAAACUUAAAAAUAGCGAUAUAACUUCGUUUAAAGAAGCUAAAGAAUUAAAGCUAUCAGAUGUGUUAUGGCAUUGUAGUAAAACAUUUGCUAAUUGUAAAAAACAGUUGUCUUCCAGAACUGUUAUCAUGUUGACUUAUCUUGAUACCCCACCUAUUGGAGUAGAUCAAAAGCCAACACUUAACCGAGCGAUAGACUUAGUUGAUGCUAGUAUAAAUAUAAGAAUAAUAAAUGUUUCGCAACAUGAGUAUAAAAUAGACACAUACUAUGAAAAACUUCUUACAAUAGCCAAUAGAGGGCUAGAUUUUGUUAUGCCAAAACCUAUAUGGGAUUCUGAAGAGAUUGAAAAAUUAAUGUAUCAAGAGUCACACAGACACUUAGCUGUAGCAAAAAUAAAUUUCGAAAUUGGUGAGAACUUCAAUAUUGGUGUUGGUUUGUAUACACUCUUAAAAAGGCCUGGCCAAAAUGGUAAAACAAAAGUUAAUUUGGAUAGAGAUACUAAUACAGUUCUAACAAGUAUGACAAAAACCAUGAAAGUCACUCUGGAGGAUGGUGAGGAUAGUCAACCAAAACAAAUUCCCUUGCUGAAAUCAGAGUUACUACAUUAUCAAGACAUUGGAGGUGAAAGGAUUGAGUUCACUGAUAGUGAAAAAAAAUUAAUAACCAAUCCAUUUGGUCCACCUAUGUUGAAACUCUUAGGUUUUAAGCCUGCAACCAUUGUUUGUAAAGAGAAGUGGUACUUGAAAAUGGGAUACUUUCUAUUUCCAAAUGAAAGUAUUAUAGAAGGUUCAACAGUAGCUUUCAAAGCUUUACACAGAGCUUGCAAAGAUAUGGACAUGGUUGCUAUAUGUGUUCUGUCACCAAGAGUGAACGCUAAGCCACUUAUUGUAGCACUAAGCCCUUGUUCAAGACCCCUUAACUUAGAUGUAGAAGUUGGCUUUGAUGUAAUUAUUAUUCCAUUUGUUGAAAGUGUCAGAGAACUAAAUAUAAAUGAGGAUGAUGAGAAUGAAGCUAGCCCGUCAGUUGAAAAAGCACAUAAAAGAUUAAUGUCAAAUAUUUUGAAUAAAAUAACAAUUGAUUAUAAAGCAGACAUGUUUAUAAAUCCCAAAUUAGAAUUAGAAUAUAGAGCUAUAGAAGCAAUUGCAUUAGAGGAUGAUGACAAUGAACCAUUUAUUGAUACAACAAAGGCAAAUCCUGAUAAGUUUAAGGACAUAGAUGAGGAUUUGUUUGAAGAACUGUUUGGACCAUUUGGUGCCUUAUCUAUAAAAAGAACUGCUUCAUCAUCAACACAAAGUGGCACCAAGAAGCAAAAAGUUGAUGACAUUGAUGAAAGUCUCUUAAGUGCUAGACUGCAAAAUGAAAAAGUUAAUGAGUAUACAGUACCACAAUUAAAACAAAUAUUAAAAUAUAAGGAUAUCAAAAAUUUACCAGCUUUAACUGGAUUGAAGAAGAGUGAACUUGUUGAAUUAGUCUAUAAGCAUUGUUAAUAAAUUGUUGCAUUAAUUAUAU